UCUCCUUCCUAGUGCCUCCGCCCUGCCGUAGUUCCAAAUAAUUUGCAUGGAAGUUGCAAGCUGGAUACUACUUCUAUACACUUUUAAAAAUUAAUAUUUGCGUUUAUCAAAGUAAGUUCUAAGUACUGAACACUAAUUAAUUAACAGGAAGUGAUUAAGAAGUGGCGAAACAAUAGGCGAUAUAUGUAUUGCUCAGUGCGGUGGGUUCUCCGUCCAUCCUGGUUCGUGCAAAAAUCGAAAUUAACUAGAAUGUAAUCAGAAUUACAGUGUCCGCUGAAACACCCGAAGAAAAAUAAACACAUAUAGAGAACCAUAUUGCAAACAGCGCAUACGCAACGACAACAUAAUCUUAAAAACACCUCACUGCAUCAUCGCACCUUAGAAUCGCCACACAUCUCAGAAAAUGCCAAGACGUCGCCACCGCAGACACCGACACCGCCGGCAUCACCACCACGCGCAUCGGAGGCAUUGGCCUAACGAUCGCGUCUUCCGGGCAAAUGCGAUGGGGGAUUAUAUCUCCCACUACAACUGCAUGGUGGGCGUGGUCUUCCUCGGCCUCAUCUGGACGACGGUCGGGAUUGUGCUGGUGGUGGAAGGCCUCGUCAUCUCCGGGGUCGUCAACAUCGUCAUGGGCGGCCUUCUUUUCCUGUGGUUCAGCGUAGUCCUCGUCAUCGCGCACAAGAAAACCGUCGCAAGCCAACGCCAGACGGACGGAAACGACGAGCAAGCCACAGCUCCUUCAGCGCCCGAGGACACUUCUGCUCCCGGUUAUGUCAACGGAUCCUUCGACAUGCCAGACGCUCCUCCUCCUUAUAAGGAAGUCGCCAACGCCCCUCCACCACCUUAUACCAUCGCCCUUCCUGAUAUGCAGAAUCAUCAGACUCCUUAUUGCGCAGCCGUUCCUCAAGUACAUACAGCUUAUGACAUGGGUUAUGUUGAAGCUCCAAGUAAUGUAUAUCACGUUGAUGCAAAUAUUCAAGGCAACAGCUCUGUACAUCCUCAAGUACAUACAGCUUAUGACAGGGGUUAUGUUGAAACUCCAAGUGAUGUAUAUUAUGUUGAUGCAAAUAGUCAAGGCAACAGCUCUGUACAUCCUCAAGUACAUACAGCUUAUGACAGGGGUUAUGUUGAAACUCCAAGUGAUGUAUAUUAUGUUGAUGCAAAUAUUCAUGGCAACAGCUAUGUACAUCCUCAAACAAACAGUCAUGGCAACAGUUAUGUGGACCCUCAUACAAACAGUCAUGGCAACAACUAUGUGGAUCCUCAUACAAACAGGUAUGACAACGGAUAUACAGAUCCUCGAGCAAACAGUCAUGGUAUCAGCCAUGUGGAUCCUAAUACACAUAGUCAUGGCAACAGCUAUGUGGAUCUUCAUACAAACAGCCAUGUGGAUCCUAAUACACAUAGCCAUGGCAACAGCUAUGUGGAUCUUCAUACAAACACCCAUGGCAUCAGCUAUGUGGAUCCUCAUACACAUAUUCAUGGUAACAGCUAUGUGGAUCCUUAUGCAAACGGUUAUGGCAACGGAUAUGCAGAUCCUCAUGCAAACACUCAUGUUGGUUAUGCUGUGGACCCUCAUGCAAACACUCAUGUUGAUUAUGCUGUGGACCCUCAUGCAAACACUCAUGUUGGUUAUGCUGUGGACCCUCAUGCAAACACUCAUGUUGGUUAUGCUGUGGACCCUCAUGCAAACACUCAUGUUGGCUAUGCUGUGGACCCUCAUGCAAACAGUUGCAAUGUAGAUUCUCAAGUAGAUGUUAUAGAUGUGCCUAGUAACAUUCGCAAUGCAAAUAAUCAUAUAAACACCUACAACGGAAAUGCUCAUGUCAGUACACAUCAUGUAGCUGCUCCUCAUAACGCACUAAAUGUAGGUCCUCAAGUCGGCAGCCACAACACCCAUUCACAAAAUCAUCAUAACGCGAACAGUAAAGAAGAGUUCAAAAGUAUGGUCAGUCACGACAAUGAAGAUAAAAACACCCAUCAACAUCCUGUAAAUCCCGAUGCAGCUGAGCCUAAGGACUCUGCAACAUCUGCCAGCGAGAGUCUCCAGCGAUCUGCAAAUCCCGAUGCGCGGAAUUCCCAAGCUUCUGACCAGCAAGAACAAGGGGAAUUGGAUGCAGGUGCCGAGGGAAGGUCUGUGGGUGUCUCUAAGGAGGAGAACUGGUUAUGAUUUGAUACGUGUCGAGUUACUUGAUGGUGAUAUAUGCGAAUGAGAAAUCAAGUAUCUUUUCAGUAUUAUAAGUGUAUAAUAAGUAUUGCAUUUCACGCACGCACGCACAUAUAUAUGCAGAGAGAGAGAGAGAGAGAGAGAGAGAGAGAGAGAGAGAGAGAGAGAGAGGGAGGGGGAGAGGGAGAUGAUAUGAUAUGAUAACAUUUAUUUACAGAACAGUGUACAUGCCCUGCAAAAAGGCAGGGUAAGAUACCAAAGUAUCUAUGCACUGGCUGUUCUUCUAUUUGUGUAGAGGGCCAUCAGUCAAACAUUAGAGUUAUAUACAUACCUGAAGGGCUGUGCUAUUACCACUGUAUUAAAAUAUCAUCUGACUGGUAAAAAAAACUUUCAUAUCACUAAUCCUGUCAAAGACAAGACCAGUGCCUAUAAUAAAGUUGAUAUAAUCAACAAGUGCUAAUCUGUGAACAGAACUAUUUGAGCGAUAGGAAGCAGAUUUUAUGCAACAGUAACGGGUGAGGUUAUGCGAAUGGGACGCCUUGUAUAGUUUGCAAUGGUGAUAUGAAACUGAUUUUGCAUCCA